GAAACACCCAGCAAUUAUUGUCUGUCACGACGACGCCGAGUCACCUCUGGAUAUUUCCUCCCUCCCAAUUAUUUGCUCGUCUUGGCGCAAAAUUCAAAGCUUCCCCCUUUUCUCUUUUUAUUUAUUAUUUAUCAUUUCUCCCUCUCUAGCUCCAAAAACCCUAGAUCGCGAUCUCCAUAGUUCGAAGAUGAACCGUAGGAUUCACUGAAUGAUGUGGCCUUUACGCCUCAUAUUCGACAAGAUGCACGAUAGAAUCGAGGAAGGGCGAGGAGCCGACGCCUGCGCUGCCUCGAUUUCUCGCCGCUCUCAUUUUGUUGACGUCCCUCACGUGCGGCAGUUGUUUAGCUGGGAUUGCGGUGUCGCCUGCGUUUCCAUGGUGUUGAUGACGGUCGGCGUUGGUGAUUUCGAUAUCCAUCAGCUAGCGGAGCUUUGCUCCACGACGAGUACCUGGACAGUUGAUUUGGCAUACCUGUUGCACAAGUUCUCUGUAAAAUUUUCAUUUUUCACUGUAACAUUAGGAGCAAAUCCAAAAUAUUCCGCAGAAAGUUUUUAUAGGGAGCAGUUAGAAGAUGACAUGUGUCGGGUGGAAAGCCUUUUCAAUAAGGCGUUUGAUUCAGGAAUUAGCAUAAAAUGCAGGUCAAUAAGCGGGGCGGAAAUUUCUGCCUUAAUAUUAUCUGGCCAAUAUAUUGCAGUUGCAUUAGUUGACAAAAUCAAGUUAAGCCAGUCUUGGCUGGAGCAUGUCUGCAUCCCAGGGGUCUAUAAUGGGAGUUCAGAUUAUAUGGGGCAUUAUGUCAUAUUAUGUGGAUAUGAUGCAGAUACCAAAGAAUUUGAAAUAAGAGAUCCUGCCAGCUCUAGGAAAUAUGUGAGAGUUUCUUUGAAGUGCCUUGAUGAAGCACGAAAAUCCUAUGGCACUGAUGAAGAUAUUCUGCUGGUCUCUUUGAACGGGAAAAAUGGGCACAAGCUCGCUUCUGCGUCCUAAACGGCAAACUCCAACCUCCUGCAUAUGUACAAUUGUACAUACACUUCAUUGUCAGUCUGAUACGACUGUCAUUGUUGUAUAUAUACACAUAAAUAUAGGAUUUAUUCACGGCUUAUGCAUCGGCUACAAUUACAUGUACCACUGAUUUCUUGGCGUUGGCUAUUCCGAUUUCAUGCAUAAUUUGUUAUCACCUUUGUAUUUCAUCAUGAUGAUGAAAAAAAUACUGCUUUUUUUUUUGUAUUUAUAUCACAUCGAGUUAUGAUUCGACGUGGAUAGGGAUCUAA